GUAAGGAAAGAAGCAAGAUUUGCACAAAAGAAAGAAUAAAUAUAGUAGUACAAAUAAAAAAAAAAAAGUACACUCUAUAAAAGGGUAAAAGAACCAACCUCUGCUUAUCCAAGUCACCAAGAAAACACUAGACACUAGUGAGAGACUGAGAGAUCAGCAUUCAGCAAGCUAAGCUUAGCCUCUCUGAAAAAAAUGGAGGAUACUAUUACCAACCCAAUGUUAAUUAGUGAAAAAGAAAAUCUUAACAGCAGUGUGAAUAAACUGCCUGAAAGUCCCAGGUUACCCAUGGAAUUUCUGUCAAGAUCAUGGAGUUUACCGGCUCUUCAACUCUCAAAAGCUCUAUCUCAUUCCCUCCCUUCUUUUGUUUCCAAAACUGCUACUUCCUGCACAACUCCUCCUAUUCUUGAAGAACAAGAUCAUUCUGCCUUCUUUUCUGGUGAUUCUGAUGAUCAUAAAAGACUCAUUUCUGGAAAUUCUUUCUCAUUUGCUUCCUCUGCAACUUCUCAACUUGUUCUUGAGCGCAUUAUGUCUCAAUCUGAAGUGUCACCAAUGACAUCAGGAAGGCCUUCAUGUAGUGAACCACCAAAUGGGUUUGGAGGCCAAAGUUUUUCUGCUUCAUCUCUUACAGCUGAAAUGUUUGACAGUCCUACUGAUCCCAUUUCACCUCCUCUGGAUUUUGAUAAGUACCUUGCAAGCAGUACCCCCCAACCCUUACUGCCCCCCAUACGUGUGGGUCCUAGAAGCGGUGGAACAACACCCUGUGCUGGUGGUACAGUUGGGAGUAAGACAGUAGGAAGGUGGCUAAAGGAGAGGCGAGAGAAGAAAAAAGAGGAGUUGCGUGUGCACAAUGCGCAGCUUCAUGCAGCUGUUUCUGUUGCUGCAGUUGCUGCAGCAGUGGCAGCAACAGCUGCAGCAACUGCUGCUGCUUCCGGAUCAUCUGGAAAAGACGAUCAAGCAGAACAGACCGACAUGGCAAUGGCUUCAGCUGCCACUUUGGUGGCUGCAAGGUGCGUAGAGGCAGCCGAGGCAAUGGGUGCUGAAAGAGAACAAUUGGCUUCUGUUAUAAGUUCAGCUGUUAAUGUUCAGUCUCAUGGUGAUAUCAUGACUCUCACUGCUGCUGCUGCAACAGCCUUAAGAGGAGCAGCUACAUUGAAGGCAAGGACUAUGAAAGAAGUGUGUAAUAUAGCAGCUGUUCUACCUGUGGAAAGAGGUAUCAAAGGUGAGAACAGACACAGUCGAAAUGGAAGUUACAAUGGCGAAGCUAAUCUCAAUAGUAAAAACUUUCUUGGUUUAUGUAAUGAAGAGCUUCUAGCUAGGGGCUCUGAACUUCUCAAACGCACUCGAACAGGUGACCUUCACUGGAAAAUCGUCUCAGUUUACAUUGAUAGAACUGGCCAGGUUGUGCUCAAAAUGAAGAGCAGUCAUGUAGCAGGAACAAUCACCAAGAAGAAGAAAAAAGUGUUACUCGAAGUGUGCAAAGACAUGCCAGUAUGGCCUGAGAGGCGGUCCAUCAAAAUCGCAGGAGAGGAUCGACAUUACUUUGGGCUAAAAACGGCUACACAUAGAGUAAUAGAGUUCGAGUGCAGGACGCAACAAGAAUAUGAUAUAUGGACUCAAGGCGUCUCAAGGCUCCUGUCGCUGGUCAAUGAAAGGAAGAAAACCAGUUCAAGUCCAAGAACCAAUAUGUACUGGAAUUAAGAGGCUUAACUUCGAUUAUGAUAGCAGCUAAUACAGAUAUGUAGAGUUAGUUGAUUCGGACAAUUCUCUUUUCGGCAAACUUUGAUAGGUUGAUUAUAAACGGAUCAAGACACUCAAAUUGUGGGAAGGAUGUAUUUGAAUGUCCUAAGCAUUACCAAUCUCCGUCCCUUGAUAUUUCGAUCACUUAUUGAGUAAAAACUUCUUAUGAUCAGUGUUGCAAACUUAUAAUGAAAAGAGGAUAUAGCGUCCCAAUACCC